CGCUACGAAUUCUAGGUUGUAAGGGCGAUGUAUCUUUAACGUAAAAUCACAAAUACAGAAAAACGGGGUAUUUUCGCAGAAGACGAGUGCAAAAGGAAAAUAUUUAUUUAUGCUGACCUUCCGGCUAGCAUGUGGUUUUGUCAGCUAACUUGACUCUAGAGCUAAAUUUUCUGGCUGUCAUGAUGCAGAUAGCGCGUGACUUGACGUCAUGUAUAUACAAGAUAUUGUACUGCUCAACAAAAAUACAAAUUAUCAGAUUCUGUUUCUAAAAAAAAAAACUUGGCAAGGACGAAAAUCAACAACAUAUCCGAGGGACUUAUCCGGCGAUAUAUAGCAGCGGAAGGAUUCCACAUCAUCACAACUUUAGAGUUGGUCAGUCAUCAAAACGGGGACAGGCGUCACACUCAAGUUCGGAAGAAGUGAAAUUGGCUAUUUCGAGUAGGAAGUGACGUCAGUUGGUUCUAAAAGAAAUUAACGUGACGACAGCUAAUUAUAGAAUGGGUCGGAAAAAGAUUCGUAUAUCGAAAAUCACCGACGAUCGCAACCGCCAGGUGACUUUCACCAAGCGGAAGUUUGGACUUAUGAAGAAAGCUUAUGAACUGAGCGUGUUGUGUAACUGUGAGAUCGCACUGAUCAUUUUCAACAACAGCAAUAAGCUAUUUCAGUACGCCAGCACAGACAUGGAUAAAGUACUGCUGAAGUAUACUGAGUACAACGAACCCCAUGAAAGCAGAACAAAUAACGACAUUAUAGAAGCAAUCUUUAAGAAGGAACACAAGAGUACAAUAAAUGAAUGCAGUAGUCCCGACAAUGAUGUUGAUGAUUUUUCCCUUCCAUCACAAAAGGACGAGAUCUGUGCUCUAAUGUCACGCAGUCCAAACCUGCAUGGAAAUAGGCAACAGACGAAUCCCAACCACAUGACAGGACUCCAGGCGUUGUCUGUUCCCGUCAAUAAUACAGUGUACAGCACAAACAACGCUGGUCAGCUUAUGCAGCUGUCGCCACAGGUGUCGCCACCUGCAACUCAUAGUCCUCAUCUCAGCCCUGCAGGAAACAUGCUGGAAGCUCCUCACUUGAACCCUCAAGAUUUUCACCAUAAUUCCCGUGAAAACAAUGUGACAUUAGGAAACACCUCCCCUAGCGGCCUAAACUCGAAGCAUCAAGGGUCUCUUAGUAGGCAACAUCUUUCUCAAAAUGACAAUCGUUUGAAUGGUCAAUUAGUACUAUCACAUGGCAACAACAGAGCAAGUAACACAAUGUCUCCUCACAUGACCCAUCCCUUGGUAGCUACUUUACCAAUGUCAUCAUCACACAUGCGUGGAAUUAGCAGUUAUCCGUCCAAUGGGGUUUCUCCUUCUUUUCAGCCAGAUGACUUCCAGCUCAGUAACGAGAUGAAUCUUAUGGGUUACCAUUCAUCAAGUCCGCUCACCAGCUGGUCGCCAGGUGAUCAAAGACUGCUGGCCCCAGUAACUGUCACCAGGAGCUCUCAUGGGAUGGCCAACGGAUCACAUCACUUAUCAGUCAGCAGCACCCCCCCUCCAUCAUCUAACUCGCCCCAUCAAAUAAAGAUUAAAAGUGAGCCCGUGUCUCCUCCCCAUGAUAUCACCCUUUUGAGACCCUCUUCAAUAUCCGAUCAGUUUUUGUCAGGUGAUCCACUUAGUAAUGCUUCAUGUUCGUCACCUCCUGGGUGUGGACAGUUUGAAAUGACAUCAGUUAAACGGCAGCGUCUUUCCGCAGAUGUGUGGACUACAUAGUUUGUUUCUUGGGGGGUAAAUGUUAUAUUUAUAUAACAACACAAUUUCCCCGCUGUAUUCACCACGACUGAAGUUUGAACAGUUCUGCAUCGCUAGCUGUGUAUCAAACAAAUUGUGAUCACCCAGUGUUUUAAAGUAAGCGGCUUUAUUUUAGGAAAGUUGACAGUCAGCAAGUGAUGUUCUCGAGCUUUAGGUCUCUAAUUAACCAGAUUUGUGUUUUGGAUGUGAUUACCUGGUUCGUUGUUAAAACAAGAUACAUAUAUUCACCACACCUGUGCGAGAUUGUUUCGAGUCGUUAGAUACCCCCCUCCCCCACUCUUUUUUGUUUCUUCUGAUGACGUUAAUUGUAGAAGGAAACUGGAAAAUGAUAGUGUAUUUGUACGAUAAACUACACUGUCUCUUAAUCUGGCCAGUAAAGGAGUUUUGUGGAGAUGGAAAACGAUGAACAGAAGCUGUCUUAUUGCUACUCACACGCUGCAUCUGUUUACACACAUAUAUGUAUCAUAAAUAUUCCCGAAUUCUACUAUCGAAGAGGGGAAAAAAACUCGAGGAAAGUACAUUUUCUGUCAAUGUGUACCUUGUACUACUGGCACCUGUGCUAAAAAUCCUCAUGUUUUUGUUCAGUUGUUUUAUAGGGAGACAGUCUGAUGUUUGUUUUGGCAGUAAUGCUUAGGAGAAGUGUAUCUGUAAAACAAAAAAAGUUGGAACCAAAGUUUAUUGAAUUCUUUACAUUGUUGAUGGAUGAGUGACGUGUGCGUUUUGAAGUAGAGAAGAGCAGAAAAUUAACUAAACGAUUAAGUUAGCCAAUCAGGUGUAGGAUUUGUAAAUUAGAAAAAAAAAGAAGAAACUAUAGAUUAAAUAAUAUAUUUAAAGUGUUGAAAAACAAGAAGAUGCCUUAAUAAUUAACAUUCGAAUAUUUAAGUGUAUGAUGUUUCACAUUACAGUAUUGUUAUGUUUAUAGUGCUUGUUUAGCAUGUAAAAAUAACAUAUAUAUAUAUGUAUUUAUUUAUAUCACAUAUAUAAUACGUAAAACUAUGUUAAUGAAGAAAUGAGUAAUUUACGGUCACUAGAGUACUGUUGCCGAUCUGUGAGUAAGGUUCUGGAAAAAAACAACUAAUUGAUUGUUUGUGCAUAUUGUUCUUUUUGUGCAUUCGUAUAAUUACAGUCUUUCACGUGCACCUUACAAAACUGUGAAAUAGUUCGGGAAAUUCUUACUGUUGUAAAAAAUAUAAUACAUUUUAUCCCCAACAGGUGAUGGACUUGUACAAAAAACAAAGUAAUAUAAGAAUACUAAAUUUGUGUAAUAAAUUAACAAAAUGAAUGGUAUAAAUUUGGUUUCAACCAUCAUGAUAUUGAAGCUGUUUCUAAAUUUAAUGACUAAUGUUUUCGACAUUCAUUUAUCCUUGACUAGACGUAACAGUUGAAAACAAAUUUAUAAAAAUGCUAGUCGACAAAAAUGUUAUAUACGUUAGAAUACUUCAUAUAUAUGCAUUUCAAAAUUUUUAAGUAAUCAAGUUAGAAAAAUGACUUAGUUUUAAUCAUUUCAUGAUUGUAAAGGAAUAAAGAAUAGCGCUAAAGCCGUUGAAAACGUUAAAAGCUAUUUUGUUUUUAUAUUAUGUUAUAAUGGAAGCGACAGGCGUCAUUUAUCCCUUAGUGAACCAAACGACUACCUACGUUUAACGGCUAAGACUUCUGCUGACCAGUGUUGAGUCAUUGAAUAUUAACAACACGUGGGUUAGUGUUAUAAAAUGCCUCUGGAGAAGUCGAAAAUGGAGAAAUGUUACAAAAUAGAGAUAAAUCUGAAAUUUUAGUUGUUUUGUUUCGUCCAAGGCAAUAAUCCAUUCCGCUAAUGGUGAUUUUUCACAAUUAAAGAACGCCUCAUAAAGAUAUAUAAUAUUAUGUUCUUUACAGAUUUGAUUUCAAAAUAAUUGCGAGAUUCUAAGUAAAACUGACAAAACUUGUAGGGUUGAAAUAAAAUACUGAUAAAUUUUAUCGACAUGAGAUGGAUAGUUCUUUUAAAGUAGCACGGGAAAUACGACACUUAAACUCAAACAGUUAUUUUCUUUCACCAUAGGAGUUUUAUAUCAAGAUAGCAUAUUUCAACUGUCUUAAAAAAUUGUUGAACUGUAUAGAUAAAGAAUUGGAUCAGAUAGUAUAUCUUCACAGUUAUCUGAAAUAAGAAUAAACGAGUUUGUGAAUAAUAGUGUUUGUGCUUUUGCAUCAGUUGUCAUUUGGGGAAGUGCAAGAAAGAACGAAAAAAAAAAUAAAAAAAGAAAAACAGAGUAUUAUUCUAUAUUCAGUGCCGCCAUCUAUGAAUACGAUUUCGUACAGAAGUAAUUUGGGAUUUUAACAAUCUUCGUUCGGAUAAGCCAUAAUGACUUGUUUGCACUUAGUUUUUGCCAUAGGUGAAUUUGAAUGGUUACACGUAUAUGAUAGGAAUCUUCAAAUGUGUGUAUUUUUAUUCAUUAAAGGCAGACAAGACUCUUAAAACUCUAUUUUUUAGUCGGUUAAUUUUUGAUCGAAAUAUAACUUGUAAUUGUUAAUAAGAUCUUAGGUUUGAAAAGACAAAAUGUUGCACGCGUACAUUGAGUGAAUCGUGUUCAUUAGUUUAAUUUUUUUUUCAUGUGUAGAUCGCCAGUUAAUAUAAACUGUAUUUUGUUCUUCUUUAAUAUAUUUGUUGUGUUGUAAAACAAAAAGUGUUACACUUGAUCGUGUAUGCUUCUUCUUGCGUCCACUGUAAAAUGUCUUUACCAUUUUGUUUAUAUUACAAAAACGUUGGCUUUUUGAUGUGGUUUUCAAUAAACUAGUCUGUUAUCUUGUGUUAAAA